AUGGAUCCCUGGGGUCAUCUAGCCCCUUGGACCUUCGCUGGCAUCAUGGAGCAAGAAAACGUGGACUUGCGGCCAACGAUUGCUAUCACCAAGGCUCAUAUGAAGCUGCCUGAGUUGCAAGAGAGUGUGAAGCGUGGAAGACUGGUACCGGAUGGUAAAGUCUGUCUGAACGAACUUGGUGAACUUGCAGUGACAAAGUUCGCCGUCGAACCGGUCUGGUACCUUCCUGGAGUUGCGGAAAGAUUCGGAAUCGAUGAGGCCACCCUGCGACGCUCGCUCUUCGAACAUACUGGUGGAAGUUAUCCCGAGCUGAUUACCCGUGGUGACAUCAAGAUCUUUCUGCCCCCAAUUGGAGGCUUGACAGUAUACUGCUUUGGGGAUCCCGCCAGGAUGUCUGACCCGUCCGCCCGGCUGUCUCUUCGCAUUCAUGACGAGUGCAACGGCAGUGACGUAUUUGGUUCCGACAUUUGCACAUGCAGGCCUUACCUAAUAUUUGGCAUCGAGGAGGCGGUCAAAGAAGCCCAGAACGGCGGCAGCGGCGUCGUUAUCUACUUCAGGAAGGAGGGCAGAGCACUGGGUGAAGUCACAAAGGUACUCGUCUACAACGCGCGAAAGCGAGGCGCAGAUCGCGCGUCAGACUAUUUCACAAGAACGGAAAAUAUUGCUGGCGUCAAGGACAUGCGCUUUCAAGCUUUAAUGCCAGACAUUCUUCACUGGCUUGGUAUUCAAAAGAUUGACAGGAUGCUGAGCAUGAGCAAUAUGAAGCACGACGCCAUUGUUGGACAAGGCAUUCCAAUUCACGAGAGGGUCGAGUUGCCGGAUGAGCUUAUCCCAGCGGACUCGAGAGUUGAAAUCGACGCGAAAAUCACAGCGGGUAAGUUUGACAGGCUAUGACUGCUCACAACUGUAAUGCUGAAUAGUGCGAGGCUACUUCACUGCUGGGAAGCGGCUUACGACGGAAGAGCUGCAAUCUGUGCAGGGACGAAUGUGGGAGGAGUAGGUUACCCUAUUCAAGGACUGGAACUCAUGACCAGCGCGUUUGUUCGUUACUAACGCCUCCGAAGCAUUGAUCACUAAGGUGCGACCCGGGCAGUGGUCUAGAUGGGAUGAGAGUUCUCCUGGUGGACACGUGCAGCUGGGCGUGGGCGACGUUUUACACAUAGUAUCGGGAGCAAGGCGGGGCAGGGCUUCCGGCACAUGUUAUAGAGGUCUACGUAAACCUCCCCAGGACCUAUAUCUGUCUGCUGUUGGCUGGUGCCAGAAGAUAGCCCUUUCGCCGCCCCUGCCAAAGGCACCACGAUGCCGCAGCUGAGAAUCAGUGCCCGAAGAUCACAAACAGAGAAAAGAAAUCUCCAAAUUUAUAAGAGUACUG